GGGGUGUUGGGGUUUCGUGUUUUUGGUUCGGUUUUCGUUCGCUCGCUCGCUGCUGCUGCUGCUGCGUUCGAGCAAACGACGAGACGAGUCGUCGAGUGAAAGUAAAAAAAAAACUGCGGCUUUUUUUUCGUUUAUCUGAAGGAUAAAUCGCCACUAGAGAGAGAGAGCGAGCGAGCGAGCGAGCGCGCAGGGCGAGUGGUGUUCUUAAGGCGGGCGGGCGGGGGGGGAGAGUUUCAGCGAGCGAGAUUUUAGCGACCUCCCGCCUCCAGUUGUUGAACACACUUCAUUUGUUCAUCGUUCUUCCGGACUUGUCGUUCUCAACAACAACAACAAACAACAAACAACGACGACGACGACGAAAAACCGAACGAGAGCAAGCGCCGCAACAAACAGAGACUCGAACAUUCAUCCACGGGCUUCAGAGUCUCGCGCGCGAGUGCAAGAACAGAGCGAGAGGCCGACACACACACAGAGAGAGAGAGAGAGAGCUAAGAGAGUGGAAGAGAGAGAGUGGGGAAGAGAGAGAGAGAGAGAGCGCCACACGCAAUCUCGCAGCGAGCGAACGAUCGAGAGAGAGCGAAGAGAGAGAGAGAGAGAGGAAGAGAGAGCGCGCUCGCUCGCGCAGCAUCGCCGAUGGCCAUGUUGCUGGAGAGCGGAGCGCAGUACCCGUCCCCGCUCAGCGGGUAUCCACCCCCUACCGCGCGACUCCAGGCAGGGGGCGACGGAGGCGGCGGCGGGGACCGCGGCGACUGCGGCGCAGGAAUGGGACUCGGGGGCGUCUUCGGGGACCCCCAUCACCACCAUCACCACCAUCACCUGGGCGCCGCCUUCAAGCUGGGGUCGUCGUCUGCGUCGUCGUCUGCGGCGUCGCACCACCACCACCACCAUUCCCAUCACGACAUCGCAGCCGCGGCAGCCGCGGCCGCGGCUGCGGCUACGGGGAACGGCGUCGGAGGGAGCGGAGUAGGAGGAGGAGUAGGAGGAGGUGGUGGUGGAGUUGUUGGUGGUGGUGGAGGAUCGCAGGGUGCCUUCUCGUCGCAGUCCACGGGCGCCUACGCGCACCCCUCCGGCACGCCGCUGGGCGGGCACGGCUCCCCGCACGUGGGGUCCUACGGAGCCGCGGCCGCGGCGGCGGUGGCGUUCAACUCGACGCGGGACUUUCUGUUCCGCAACCGCGGCCUGGGAGACGUCGCCGCCGCCGCCGCCGCGGCCGCCGCCGCCGCCGCCGCUGCCGGCGCAGCGUCCCAGCACGGGGGCAGCAUCCUACAGGCGUCCAUCGGCGGCGGCGGUGGUGGUGGUGGUGGCGGCGGUGGUGGUGGUGGUGGUGGCCUCAACCCGCACAGCAGUCACCAUCACCCGCCGCCGUACGCUCACCACCACCCUCACCACCACGGCCACGCGGACGUCGGAGGGGGUGGAGGAGGAGGUGGUGUUGGUGGUGUUGGUGGUGGUGGUGGAGGAGCUGGGGGUGGUGGCAUCAUCUUUCCGGGACUUCACGAUCAAUCGGCGGCCGUGGCGGCUGCGGCAGCUGCCGGACAAAUGCGGCUGAGCAUCCCGGGAGGGGAGCUGUACGUGCGGCCGGAACCUCACCACCAGUACCCUCACCACCACGCUCACCACCACGCUCACCACCACCCUCACCACGCUCACCAUCACCAGAUCGGCGCGGCGAGCCCGCGCUCCGACGCGUACGGAGCCGUGGCGGCGAGCGCGUUGCACCCGCACCACCACCACCCGCACCACCACCACCCGCACCACCACCAUCCGCACCACCACCCGCACCACCACCCGCACCACCACGGCUACGGGCCGCUCAACAUGAUGGCCCACCACGCGGGCGCAGGGGCCUUCUUCCGAUACAUGCGGCAGCCCAUCAAGGAAGAGCUCGUGUGCAAGUGGAUUGAACCGGAGCCCGGAGGAGGUGGUGGUUGUGGCGUGGGCGGGCAGCCAGCGAAGCCUUGCUCCAAGACGUUCAGCACCAUGCACGAGCUGGUGACCCACGUGAGCGUGGAGCACAUUGGAGGGCCCGAGGCGGCCCACCACGUGUGUCACUGGGACGAGUGUCCCCGCGAGGGGAAGCCCUUCAAGGCCAAGUACAAGCUGGUGAACCACAUCAGGGUGCACACGGGCGAGAAGCCCUUCCCGUGCCCCUUCCCCGCCUGCGGCAAGGUGUUCGCUCGCUCCGAGAACCUCAAGAUACACAAGAGGACGCACACAGGAGAGAAACCGUUCCGCUGCGAGUUCGUGGGCUGCGACCGACGUUUCGCGAACAGCAGCGACCGCAAGAAGCACAUGCACGUGCACACGUCAGACAAGCCCUACCUGUGCAAGCUGUGCGACAAGUCCUACACGCACCCCAGCUCCCUGCGCAAGCACAUGAAGGUGCACGAGUCGAGCGCCCAGGGCUCACAGCCGUCGCCCGCCGCAAGCUCGGGCUACGAAUCGGCGACUCCCCCCGCCUUGGGGGCUCAGCAACCCCCCUCCGCUGCGGGGGAACCCUCGGCUACCCCCGCAGCCCCCACCACCACCUCCUCCUCUUCCCACUCGUCGUCGUCCUCGACAUCAUCAUCAUCAUCAUCAUCCUCUGCAUCGUCGGGCGCGUCCGUCACGACGCACGCGACCAACCUCGCGCCGGGCAAGAUGCACAGCAACGGCCUUGGUGGUGGAUUGGGAGGAGGUGGUGGUGGAUUAGGAGGAGGAGUGUUAGGAGGAGGAGGAGUGUUAGGAGGAGGAGGAGUGUUAGGAGGAGGAGGAGUGUUAGGAGGAGGAGGAGUGUUAGGAGGAGGAGUGUUAGGAGGAGGAGGGGGUGGCAUGGCGAGUCCGUCCGUGUCGCUCGCCCACUCGCUCAUGGAGCUGAGCGAGCCGGCGCGCCGCGUCCACGCCGAGAUGAUCGGCGCGUCGCUCAUUCCGCCACUGCCCGCCAACUACAGCGAGUGGUACGUGUGAGUGGUACGUGUGAGUGGUACGUGUGAGGAGCGGGUGGGGGGGGAGGGGGGUUGGCGGAGGGAGAGGUGCUAAGGGUCGUGGGUGAUCGCGGGUUGACGUGCGGCGCUCGGGACGAAGAAGAAGGGACGACCCCAAGUGGAUGACCCCAAGUGGAUGACCCCAAGUGGAUGACCCCCAAGGGACGACCCCUAGGGGAUGACCCCUAGGCGAUGACGCCACUCGUGCCUCUCGAUAACCACCGUGGCCACCACAGCCACACGACCGACGGUGAUCCUACAUCACCGCGUGUGUGGUGUCGCGCGUCUCUGUGCGAGUCUGUGGGUCUCAGUGGGAGUCUGUGGGUCUCAGUGGGAGUCUGUGGGUCUCAGUGGGAGUCUGUGGGUCUCAGUGGUAGUCCAUGGGUAUCAGUGUGAAGCUAUGACGUCCCCAUGCUAGUCUAUGGGUCGAGAUGGGAGUCUAUGGCUGUGAGAGUCAAUGUGUCUAUGUGAGUCUAUCGGUCUGUUGUCAGUCUACGCGUGAGUGUCAAUGUUGAUCAGAGUCUGUAAAAUGGUUGCGUGAGUCCAUGGGUCUCCGUGUGAGUCCAUGGGUCACUGCGAGUCUGUGUUUUAUUUGUGUGUACACAUCUGCGUUAUUCAAUACAAAACCAACUCAGCACACACGGCAACAACAAUACACUGUGUGUAUGUGGCCUUCGGAGGCAAACACAUAUGAUCGGCAACGUUUCAGGCAACAACCCUUAUUCAUGGCACACGAACAGAGAGGACAGUAGGGAGACACAGUGGAUGGUAGGGCUGGAGACUUGCUCACACCGUGCGAUCUGAUGAUGAUGAUGAUUAUAUUCACAGAUGCAUUCUGAUGAUCAGUUAUGUAAAUUUGACUCAUGAAUUAGUUACAGUAUGAGUAACUAUCGCGUGUAGGUUGAACUUCUUUCGCAUCGUGCGUAGUCAACCGUACUAAUCGGAGGUGCGGGCUACCAGACUGGCCCAUUCGUUAGUCAGAAACAUAUUGCUACGAAGCAAAUCGCUUUGUGUGAAUGCUAAGAUGAUGACACGUUGCUGGCACGUUGCAUUGUGGGUCUCUCUCGAUACAUGGCGUCUCUCACGUGACCAGUCAUGAGCCUCCGUGUCAGUCUACGGGUUUCUGUGUGAACUCUGUGGGUCUCUGUGAGAGUCUAUGGCUGAGUGAGUCAGGCGGUCUCCAUGUGAGCUCAAUGAGACUCUGUAGGUCUCUGGGAGUCUAUGGCUGAGUGAGUCAGUGGGUCUCUGUGGGAACUCUAUGCGUCUCUAUCGGAGUCUAUGGGUCUCUAUGUGAACUCUGGGUAUCAAUGGGAGUCUAUGGCUGAGAGUCAUUGGGUCUUUGUGAACUCUAUGGGUCUCUUUGUGAGUCUAUGGGUCUCUGUACGAGACUGGCUGUGUGGGUAUUGAUCUGUAUCUGAGUCUCUUGGGUCUCUGCAAAUCUGUGAGUCUACACGUCUGCACGUGAGUGUCAAUAUAUAUCUGCGUGCAUAGAAUACAAUUUGAACAGUGGGCAUUGUACUAUACAUAGAUGCAGUCAUGGAUCUAUGUGUGAGUCUGAUACUCGAUCUCGAUACGAGUAUGUGACCGUCUUAUGUGGCCACCUAUGGGUCUCUAUGUCAGUCUAUGGGUCUCUGUUUGACUCGAUGGGUCCGUGUAUAACUAAGCUGCUGGCACAUAACCAGCUCCGGUUUGACAGCAGAGGUCUCACUCCGAAAUCAGUCGGACGGCAUUAUAUUGUCACCAGCUGAGUAAUGCUGUGUGGAAGCUAACCUAGUCUGUUGCUCCACACGAAGCUUCGGGUCUUCUCGCCCACAGUUAUGCCUUCCCUCUAUGCUUGUGAAACGUUGGCCCAUGUAAUGGAACAUCCGCGCCGUUUAGAAACAUCCAGGCUGGCCUGCCCACGAUUCAUCCUGGCUUUAACCAGGUUGGAUUACAGUGUGAGGAGCUCACAAAUCCUUUAAAUAUCUGAAACAUUCCCAUCGGUGAGCUCUUCUGGCAGGCAACGCUGCAUUGGCUGGGUUGUGUAGCCAGCCACCUCCUGUCCAAGCAUGUUAUGUUUGGUUGGAUAAAAGGGGCUAAACGGGCGCGACACAG